AGGCGGAGGGAACAGGUUUCUCGUUUAUCGGAAAGCGUAAGGAUAGUUGAUCAUGCCUGAACCAGCCAAGUCCGCUCCAGCCCCGAAGAAAGGCUCCAAGAAAGCGGUGACCAAGACCCAGAAGAAAGAUGGGAAGAAGCGCAGGAAGACAAGGAAGGAGAGUUACGCCAUUUACGUGUACAAGGUGCUGAAGCAGGUGCACCCCGAUACCGGCAUCUCCUCCAAGGCCAUGAGCAUCAUGAACUCCUUUGUCAACGAUGUGUUUGAGCGCAUCGCAGGGGAAGCCUCCCGCCUGGCUCAUUACAACAAGCGCUCCACCAUCACCUCCCGGGAGAUCCAGACCGCGGUCCGCCUGCUGCUGCCUGGGGAGCUGGCCAAGCACGCCGUGUCCGAGGGCACCAAGGCUGUCACCAAGUAUACCAGCGCCAAGUAACUGCUGCCCCAUCUCCUGCCCUACUCCCAGCAACACAAAGGCUCUUCUAAGAGCCCCCACUCCCUCCCUAUAAGAUCUGUAACUGGUUAUUGGCUAUAGGAUGUCUGUGUAGAGUGAAUGAACGUUUAUUUGUGUGGAUGUUGUGGCUAAUGGAGAAAUACUGCUGUACAACAGCCAGUGACAUUGGCAUCAGAAAGAAUGUUUGGAGUACAAUUAUUUUUGGCGGUGCUAAAGCUGCUCUAAAGCGCAGGGAGAAGUUGGGCUGUGAGUAAGGUGCUUCCUAGAGGCUUCUGA